CGCCUCCACGCCUCGCCCUGCCACUGUGCACUCCUCCCCGCCUGCCGACAGCCUCUUCGAGCGCGCUCGCUUCAUGGCGGUCAUCAUGGCCUCUGAACUGCCUGCCAACAACCCCGAGACCCUUGCGCACGUCGAGAAGUUCUGGCAGGGCCGGAAACCGCACAGUCCCAUCUAUCAGUUUCUGCUCGAGGACAUUCAGCUGACCUACGCGUCGAAAGGCAUUGUCCGCGCCCGCCUUCUCCUGUCGAAGAACCACAUCAAUGCCCACGGCGGCAUUCAUGGCUCCGUCUCCGCCACCUUGAUUGACUGGGUUGGCGGCAUGGCCAUCGCUGCUUGGGACAACAGGGUGAAGACGGGCGUCAGCACCGAUAUCCACAUCUCGUACCAGAGCUCGGCGAAAGAUGGAGACUGGAUAGAGAUCGAAGGCAAUGCGGGCAAGGUGGGAGGCUCGUUGGCCUUCACGACGGCGACCAUCUGGAAGGUCGUGGACGAUAAGCCCGGCCCCAUUGUCGCUACAGGCUCGCACACCAAGUUCGUCAAAGUGUGACCGACUGCCGAACACAAGAACGAAGUGCCGCCAUCUUCUUUGGGCUAUCAUUCCGCUCUCCAUGAAUGACGGAUUCCACUCGGAUGGCGAAGAUCGAACCCAACCCUUCCGCUUUAGAAACCAUUCUUAGCCUCGCGGCUAUGAAAGCAUGGAAAUUAUAGAGGGUAACAUUCACAUAGAUGUCAAUACAGCAUAUCUGUUUCCCCAAUCCCC